UUUGUGUUGUUUAGCGUAAGAACCAUCACCAACGUUGUCGUUGUCACUUUUAUAGUUCUCAGAGGAUGCAGCCGCGCGUUAUUAAUUUUUGAUGUUGUGACUUGCAACUUGGUAAACCAACUUUGAUUUCAUUUCUUGUAGAAUCGGAUGCAGCUCCAGCUCGUGGACUUCUUGAUGUCGUGACAUGCCAUGAUCAAGACAGCUUUUAAACAAGUUUGGUUUAUCCAACAAGUAAAAUCACAAAGAUUCGUCUCGUGUAUUUAUUAACGUGUUUCCCUAUUAUAUAAAAGCAAGUUUACUUAUUGAAAUACAUUCUCUUAUACACUAGAGUAAGGUUAUCUUGAAUCCGUCUUCUCAGCAAAAUAUAUAAACCUAAACUAUACAAACAAACACAAAAAUCUUAUAAUAUUUUUCUUAAAGAUUUUAGGCUAUACACAAACACCGAGUCAAAGAUGAGAUAGAUGAUAACGUUUCCAACAACUGAAUCAAUAUUAAAAAGAAGUUACGGGUUGGACUUUUGUUAGGUCUCAAUCACAAUUCACAAACCCUUUUCUAUCUUAAGUUUAUCCAUAGGCAGUAAACAAUCAUGAUUUACAAGUUUGUUCCUAAUCAAACUGUUACUCGUUGACAAAAUAAAUAUUUGUGUUAUGUCAUUCAACCAAUGCUAACCCACAACAUCUUAAUCUCAAAUAAUGACAAAUAUACAAAGUUGUGAUAGAUGCUAAAACUUCUGAAAUGUUUACACGAAUAGUAUAUUAAAAAAAAAUUACAUACUCGACCAUAACUCGGGUAUCAAAACAUGAACGUAAUAAAUAUUUGUCUUUCACAUAAUUUUCUCGGCGUAUAAAAUUAUUAAUGUUUUGAAUCAUAAACAUAAGAUACCAUACAAAGUCAUCAGAAAAAAAAAACUAAAUAAUCAUUUUCUUAAUAAUGUUUGUGUAGCUGUGGAACUCCAAAAAAUAAUAUAAGAAGACCAAACUAUAACAAAUUGACAGAGAAUCAAAAAGGAGAAAUAAAACUCAAAUAAAGAAAUAUACAAAAGAAGAAAGUGGAAGGUAACUAAGCACCAAACCCAUAAUAAUCAAUAGUCAAUACCCUUUCAAUAAACAACAAGACCUCUUCUUCAUAUCUUAAAGAACCACAAGAAAGAAAAUAAAAGAUAAAAGUUGGUUUCAAUGGAUGGCUUGAUACCAAUGGCGUUCAGAGCCGUGAAGAAGAACCUAACUCGCCGUCGUUACGAGUGUCUCUCCUCCUCCUCCACAACCCGUGACUCUUACAACUUCGUUUCCGAUACUGAAACGAACGUAGAAGGUCACCAUCGUCGUCGCAGGUCCAUGGGAGACUUCUCGUCGUUAUCAAGCCGGGAAACAAAAAGAAGUAGCGGUGGAGCUAGGGAGAAGGGUUGUUCACCGCCACGUGAAGGUCAACUCGUGAGAUACAAGAGCCAUCGUUUGUUUUCUUGCAUCUCAGGUCAAUAGUAUAAUUUAUCAUUUCAAGAAAAUAGCAAACUCGAAACCUUUUUCAGCGUGUUGAUUGGUUUAUGUUACAAAGAUGUGUGAUAUUGAUCAUGUACAUAUUCGUUGUCUUGUGAUGAAUCUUCUGAUAUCGUAAACUUUACGGUACAACAUGGGUGUUGUUGUGGAAAUGUAUAAAUGCUGGGUCUUAAACAA